AUGGCGUGCUCGCUCCUCCCCUCGGCGGCGCCAUUCUUCCCGAGCCCGUCGUGCCGCCGCGUGCAGCCGCUUUCUCCGUGCGCCCGGCCGUUCCAGCCGUCGCCGCCGCCCUCCCGCGUCGUGCUGGUGCGGUGGACGCCGCCUCCUCCGGGCUGGUACAAGGUAAGCUUCGACGCCUCGGUCUACAACGACGGCUCGCGGCGGGCGAGCAUCGGCGGCGCGAUCCGCGACGGCGCCGGCCGCGUCGUCCUGGCGUACGCCGAGCAGACGGAGCACUCGACGGUCGGCAUCGUCGAGGCGCGUGCCAUGAUCCGCGGGCUGCGGCUGGCGCUCGCGCUGGGCCUGCAGCGGGUGGUGGUCGAGGGCGACGACCUGGUACUGGUGCAGCUGCUGCGCGGCGAGGAGACGCAGACGCGCAUCCCGGUGGCGAUGCAAGAAGAGAUCGUCGGGCUACUUCGGUGCUUCCCCGGGCGCGACGUCCGGCACAUCUACAGGGAAGGGAAUCAGGUGGCGCACACCCUCUGCCGGCAGGCGUACCACGGCCCCGGGGUGUGGGUAGGCGGCUGCAACCGGCUGCCGCCCGCCGUGUGGGAGAAGGCCGAAGAAGACAGGCGUGGCGUGGCGCACGAGCGCACGGUGCUCCGUGCAGGUUGA